GGAGUACACGCAUUUGAUGUUACGAACGAGGAAUGUAAAUAGCAUGGUCAUCUGUCUGUCAGCAAAGCUUGAAAACGUGGACUAGUUAGUCCGAUCCUUUUUUUUUUUUUUGCGUAUGCUAUUCUUGAUGAACCUAGCUAACAGCAAGGCGAAUUUUCAAACAAGUGGGUAAUUUGCGGUGUCGCUAGUGGCUUUAUGGUCUGUUAUCACCGAUUAUGGUCACGCCUGAAAAGUACGUUCUUGUUAGUUAGCUCUCACCUUCGGACAAAGCAGAAUUCAGGCUAACAGUUCACCACUGAGCAACUUGCUGAAAUCCUACCUAGUCAUCACUGUCACGAAGUAAAAACCAAGGGAGGAGGAGUCUGACUAACCACCACUGUACGGUGACCUUGAAUCUUGUGUCUCUCUGUCAAAAAGAGAGCUCUGGCACCUGGGAUCCCAAACUUGACUUGAGAGCAAAUGGGCCUUUGUAUUAGGUCCUUUGUACAAGCCUCUGUCUAAUGUGACUCCCAGAAGUGGCGAAAGUCAAGUCACCCCCCGCCCUGCCCUCGCUCUGCCAAACAAGGGAGCUCCUCAGGAAUGCAGCAGUGACAGAAACAGCGCUCCCUCAAGGUAAAAACCCUGUCCGACACUGCCAGGUCACCUCCCAAACGCCACUAAUCUCGUGUAAAGGGCUCUGAGAGACGUUUAGUUUGUGUGUUUUUGCAGCUUUUUAUUCGCUCUCAGAGGGUAGUCUUUGAAGCCGACUUGGCCUUAAUUUUUAAUCUCUGGACAACUAAGUGCUACGGACAGGAUGUCAGACGCCAGCAAUGAUAGAGUGGGUGGGGAGUUACUGAGCGUGUGCAAAGAGGACCUUCAACUGCCAUCCACCCAGGCCAAAGACGGAAGCCUUCAACCAGCAGUCUCCACGGCGACGGAAGACUCCACCUCCUUGGUGGAUCUCCCGGGUUACGAAAACCCAGUCAAACUGCCCCCGGCCUCUAAAACCCCUCUGGUGGAGGCGGAGGGCCUAGGUAAACCUAGGGAAACUACAACUCCAGCCCAGGAAACUACAACUCCCACUCCAGCCAAGGAAACAACAACUCCCGUGUCUGAAAACGGUGCACCCCAGGAGGAAGAGAGGAAGGGGGUGGAGGAGGAGGAGCGCUCCCAGUCCCAGACCACGCUUGGGGGCUCACAGGACCUGGGCCCGUCCUCCGACUCCGCCUCCUUCUCCAUCCCUAGCCUGGAGCUCUCGGACAUCACCCCUGGGAACUCCCUGGACGAACCCCUGUCCUCCUCCUACUCAGCCCUGGGCGUGGAGGGGCGCUCCCCCUCCGCAGACGCUCCCUGCCUGGGGGAGGAAGAAGCCCCGGCGGGGGCAGGACCUGGGUUCACCUCCGCCCCUGCAGUUCCCCCACCGGCCACAGGGGGUGCCACAGCUGCCCUGGAGCCCGAGCCUGCUGCGCCUGCCUACUAUUUUGUGAAGUGGAUCACGUGGAAGGAGAAGAAGACGCCCAUCAUCACGCAGAGCGAGAACGGGCCCUGCCCCCUGCUGGCCAUCAUGAAUACCCUGUUCCUCAGGUGGAAGGCAAAGCUGCCUGCCCAGACAGAAGUAAUCACCACAGAGGACCUGAUGGCCCACCUAGGAGAAUGUGUGUUAUCUGUCAAGCCCAGAGAGAAGGCAGAAGGCAUGGAGCUGAACUUCCAGCAGAACAUGAGUGAUGCCAUGGCAGUCCUUCCCAAACUGUCUACAGGUCUGGAUGUCAACGUGCGUUUCACGGGCGUUACUGACUUCGAGUAUACCCCAGAAUGCAUUGUGUUUGACUUGCUCAACAUCCCGCUGUACCACGGCUGGCUGGUUGACCCACAGAGUCCAGAGAUAGUGUCAGCUGUGGGGAAGCUGAGCUAUAACCAGCUGGUGGAGAAGAUCAUCGACUACAAACACUCAACAGACAGUAACCGCGUCAGUGAAGGCCUGGUGUCGGAGCAGUUCCUGGAGUCCACGGCCACCCAGCUGUCGUACCACGGUCUGUGUGAGCUCAACGCCACCGCCUCCGAGGGAGAGAUCUCCGUCUUCUUCAGGAACAACCACUUCAGCACCAUGAUCAAGCACAAGGGUCACCUGUACCUGCUGGUGACGGACCAGGGCUUCCUGCAGGAGGAGGGGCUGGUGUGGGAGAGCCUCCACAACGUGGAGGGGGACGGGAACUUCUGCGACUCCGACUUCCGCCUCUGCCACCCGCCCCAGCGGCCCCUGGCCCCGCCCGUCUCCCUGCCCAGCCCGCAGCAGCAGCAGAGGCAGAUAGACCAGGACUACCUGGUAGCCAUGUCUCUCCAGCAGGCCCAGGGAGAGGCCCCGGGGCCCCUCAGUGACCUGGAGCUAGCUCGCCAGCUGCAGGAGGAGGAGUACCAACAGCAGCAGCAGCAGCAGCAACAACAACAGCAGCAGCAGCAACAACAGGGCCCCUCCCAGCCCCACACACAGCAGGUCAGAGGUCAAGCUUCGGGUCAACAGGGAGGAUCGAGAAGACGAGAGAAGGACUCGGACUGUGUCAUACUAUAGACCUCCUCACCCCUCAUCCUCACCCCUCCCUCCUCACCCCCUCCGCCUCUCCCUGCUCCCCACUGCCCCCUCCUGUCCAGCCCCACCCAGGCAUGCUCAGUCCUGUCCUUUCCUGCCCAGCAACCAGUCUGUAACCAGGCCGUCUGCCACCAGUUCGUCUGUUACCAGGCAGUCAGUCUGUCACUAUGCAGUCAGUCUGUAACCAGGCAGUCUGCCACCAGUUUGUCUGUUACCAGGCAGUCAGUCUGUCACUAUGCAGUCAGUCUGUAACCAGGUAGUCUGUGACCAGGCAGUUGGUAACCAGGCAGCCAGUAACCAGGCAGGCAGUCAGUCUGUCACCAGCCUAGCUGGAUGUACGUAAGGCUUCAGGAGACCUUGAGUGCUGGAGGUGUGAGGGAGCGACUGGGGGGAUGUGAGCCAGGAUGGCGGUGCUGGAGCCUGGAUCUGAUGUCACCCUCUCCUGGGGCCUGGAUGCCUCUCUGCUCACAAGCGUGCUACGAA